AAUUUUAAGUCUAGACAAAGGAUUUUUUCAUGAAACAGAUAAGUACCAUAAAUAGACCUAGAAAUUAACUUAAGAUAAAAUGACAGAGAAGUGAUUCACAUCAUUAUGGAUGACGAGUUAUAAAUCAUAUAUAAUUGUCUUAUUGUAGGUGUCGAAGUGUGUAUUAUGUAAACGGGAAAUUUACUGGUUAUGAUACUACAGAAACCAGUAAAAAUUUGUUGGUCGGCGGGAUGAAAAGUUUGCAUAAUAUGUACGUUAUAAGGAUAAGGAAGUUGAAAGGACGGAUUUGAGAAUUUGGAGAUGGUUUGGUCAUGUGAAAAGAGAGGAAGACUGAAAAAACAGUUAUCAGAUAACGUAGAAGAUGUAUCGGAAAAGGGGUCUAACAUGGGAAAGAUGUGUAUAUACGCAUUAUCCUAUAUACUGUAAAGUCGUGCUGAGUGAGAUUCGUAUUACGUGGUUGAGCGAUGACAAACAAACCUACAGCGUAAAGGAAACAAACGUGCAUUGAUGGACACCUAGACGCCGUAUUAAUGGCAGCGAAUUACAUGAAGGCAACAGGGCAUUAAUGCACAGGCACGGCGUGUCUUAGUCAUUGUUUACGGACAUCUUCAAACUGUUAUCUCAGUGAUAGUACCAAGCGGCGGACGCAGACGAGAGUCAGGUCCCUUCGAUGGAACCCGAAAAAGAAGUUCCUCCGACAGGGGAGGGACAGGAGGCCAAGAAGAGCCCUGACGUCGACGGAGGAUGGGCGUGGGUUGUGUUUGUGGCUGGGUUCCUCCAGUUCUUAGUUUCGUCAGGGAUGUUCUAUUCUUUCAGCGUCUUCUUCGUGGAGUUUCUCGAGGUUUUCGGGGAGUCGAGAGCUAAAACCGGCUGGGUUUACUCCACCAACAGCGCUGUCUACAUGUUCGCUGGUCCGGUCACAGGCUUUGUGAUCGUGCGUUGGGGUCCCCGAACUGCGGUGAUCCUGGGCGGCCUCUUGGCAGGACUCGGUUACUUCUUGACUGCGUUUGCCACCGACCUGAAUAUGGUAUUCAUCACGUACGGUUUCAUUAAUGCUGUUGGAACGAGCCUGAACUUCUCCGGGUGGAUUGUUGGUCUAGCGAGGUUCUGGAAUCGCCAUCAUGCUCUUAUCGUAGGCAUAGCGAUGUCUGGCUCUGGGUGUGGAGUAUUCCUACUCGGUCCCCAAAUGGAAAGCAUCGUAGAUCAUUUCGGAUGGAGAGGCGCCAUGCUUCUGUGCGCUGGCAUGUCACUCAAUUUCUGCGUGUUUGGGGCUACUAUUUACAGUAAUUUAAAGAAUCCAGAGGGAACAUCUACAAAAGACAGCGCUGAGAUGUAUGGGCUCCUAACUGAAGCAAUUGCAGAGGAUGGAACAAUAAUUGAUAAAGAUGAAUUUUCAUCUACAACCGAAGGCAAUUCAAACAACACUGUUGUUAACAUCAACAUGCGACGGAAAGAUAAAGAUUUGUCCCACGAAACACCUUCCCUAAAGUCACCAAGGAUUUUUAGACGUUUAGUGUUUUUAAAUGAACCUGGCCAAAGUGACAGCAGACACAAUAAACUUGUAAGGUGGCUGAAAUAUCUUAUAGUUCCCUGCACAAGAAGGAAUUCUGGGGUUCUUAGCACUACAGAAGACGCUGAUGAGAACAACUCUGUCAGAGAGCUCCUGCUGUCUCCCAAAUUCUGGCUGAUAGAGGUAUCUUGUUUUUUAAGUUUCAUGGCCACCACUACUGUCUAUGCCAUUUUCCUAGACUGGACCCAGUGGAAGGGACUGUCUUCGUUCUUUUCCCAAGCCUUGGCGGGAAGUGGGGCUGGGGAUCUAUUAGGGAGGAUAAUUGCAGGAGCCCUCAUGGGACGCGGUUUGCCCCCACUCAUUCUUUUCAGUGGCAUUCAACUCCUGCUGGCAGCGGCGGUAACUGUGGCUGCCUUGGCUAGCAGCGGAGUGCAGCUGAUAGGUGCCAUGGUCGGCUUUGGUAUCGCAUGUGGACUGCAAAGUGUACUAUAUGCACUGUUGCCGUCUCAGUUCAGUAAAGGAGUUAUUAUGGCAAAGGUCUUAGGCUAUCUGUUGCUCGUGACAGGGGCAGGAGCCUUGGUCGGCCCACCUAUUGCUGGGUUACUGGUAGAUUUGACUGAUUCAUACGAUCCAGUGAUGAUUAUGUGCACUGGGGCCACUGCUGUUGCUUCUGUAUUUAAUUUUGCCGCACAUUUUUCUAAAAAGAGACAAAGUUCUGUGCCUCUUUGUGGCACUUCGUAAGAGGUCCAAAGACGCUUUUGACUGUUAAGAGUCUCAGCUUAGAUAUUAAGCCCAAAAUUUAUCAUUUUGAUAAAUGUUUACAUUUCCUUCCUAAAUCAUAUCCUAGAAGUGUGUGAGAAGAGUAACCCUAAGUUAACUGCUGCACGAAAUAGUGACUAAUUCCCACAACCUUCUAAGAAAUCAAAACAUCACUGCCAAUCGUAAAAUGUUUUAGGAACCCUUUUAAUCUUAGGUAACCGAAACAAGCCAAGAGUGUUCUCAGAAAAGAAGUUCGGUUUUAUAAAGAGCAGCCAUAACCGAGAGCAAUCUUUGUCAUAUGACUAGUGCAUUAUCAUUUCAAAAUCAGACAGGCUUGACAUACUAGGAACAAAUUUUCUGCAAAGUACUCCAUUUGGAAAAAGCUCUGCUGUCGUUAUUAAAGAAAUAACAGAAAACAAAAGGAAUUUACACAAACAAUAAGUGGACAUUUUUGUUUUAUAUUGAUUAAUGACAUCAGGUGGUUAACAUUACCUGCAGUAAAAUAGUCUUUAAAGAGUGGUCACCAGAAUAUUUUAUUUCUGUAGGUCGCCGUGGGUUCUGUUAAUUAGUUAGUUUAUAGUUUGUGGAAUAACUUCUUUGUCAUAACCUUUUAACUAAAAAUAUAGUUUUCUUCUGGAGUACCUCGAAGUUUCCGAGCCUUCUUGAUUAGGUUCUUGGGAAAUCAAUGGAAUAGUUUUGGGAGAGAUGGAUGAAAUAAUUAAUUAAUCUUCUUUAGACAUUGGUUUCACCUUUAUCACAAUGUGGAUCAACAACCCAUAUUUUAUGUUCGGUUUAUGUCUUGUUAGGUACUCAAUGAAGUAUGGCUGGGGAGAGCCAUGUAACUUAGAGAUUAGUUUAUUAUUGAUAUGACUGCCUUGUUACAACUAUCAACUUCUUCGUGAGGUAAUUUUGAAGACUAUAGUGGAGACUGCUAUAAACUAGACAUGCAUUGUGUAAUUUCACAAAACCUACUGUGUUACGACGAGAUGGAGGCGAUGAUGAAUGCCUCAUUGUGUUUACAAGUGCACUUCAGUUAUUUUAUAUUAUCAUGUAAGGUUUAUAUACACUGUUUUUAUUUUA